AUGAGUAAAGUUAACAGCGAGGAAUCUUCUAGUGGCCAUAAAUUGUUGAAGGAGGUCGAGACAAUUGGCGAAGCUCUUUACGUGAACAAGAAUCCCAGGGGCUCGGUCGCUGGUCCUAGCAACACUCCAACAAAACCGUUGGGUCGUACCCACUUGACUGAGCCUCAGAAGGAAAAGAAAUCAUUUUGGAAUUGGCCCCUCAGAGCCCUUUCUCAUGUCAGAAACCGCCGAUUCAAUUGUUGUUUUUCUGCCCAAGUCCAUUCUAUUGAAGGGUUACCCCCGAUAUUCCAGGAUCUUUAUCUCACUGUGCACUGGAAACGUCGUGAUGAAUCUUUAAGCACUCGUCCUGCAAAAGUUUUGAAUGGAAGAGCUGAUUUUAAGGACAAGCUGACACAUACAUGCUCGGUUUAUGGAAGCAGAAGUGGACCGCAUCACUCAGCUAAGUAUGAAGCUAAGCAUUUUUUGUUGUAUGCCUCUCUGGUUGGAUCUCCUGAGAUUGAUCUGGGAAAACAUCGAAUGGAUCUCACAAGAUUGCUUCCUCUCACACUUGAGGAAUUGCAGGAUGAGAAAAGCUCUGGUAAGUGGUCAACAACAUUUCAGUUGACUGGUAAAGCUAAUGGUGCUACUCUGAGCAUGAGUUUUGGGUACACUGUUGUUGGGGACACUCGUAAUCCUGCUUCUUCAGGUAGCAUUCAAAAUUUUCGCAGUGCUUCAAAUGUAAAACAAACUAGUUAUAACACAGGGUUGACAAGAACAACCAAUGCAAAAUCUAGUCUAGGGAAUGGCAAGUCUGUGUCUCGGCGUUACGAUCAGGGUAUUGUUAACAAAGACUCUCAUCGGUUGUCCCAGAAUGUGGAGGAAAUCAAAGAUCUUCAUGAAAUUUUACCUAAUGCACAAUCUGACCUGGUCAGUUCUGUAAACAUUCUGUAUAAAAAACUCGAUGAGGAGAAGGUGGAUCCAGCAGCUGAGUCUCAGUUUGAAUUUGACGUUGUCACUAAGGUGGAUCCAGCAGCUGAGUCUCAGUUUGAAUUUGACGUUGUCACUAAACACAUGGAACCUGUUGAGUCAAUUUCUCGUGAAAAAGAAGAUGCAAAUGCACAUCACAUCGAGGAGCCUUUGGUAAACGGGAAUGAAACUGAUGUUCCUGUUGAGGAAAUUAAGAAAGCUGGCGAAGUUCCUCCUGCUGAAAGUGAGGAAGUUGGUACUAAAACUUUGCCUCCAGAAGAGUCGUUGGUAAACCGGAAUGAAAGUAAUGUUCCUUUUGAGGAAUUAAAGAAAGCUAGUGAAGUUCCUAUUGCUGGAAGUGAGGAAGUUGUUGAAAUUGGUACAGAAAAUUUGCCUCCAGAAGAGGAGAACAGAGCUUCUUCAAAGGACGAGGAAAGUGUUGUUCCUCAGGAUGAUGAAGGCGCAAUGACCGGUGAGAGAGACUUGAAAGAAAUGAUAAUGAAAGAUCUUGAAUCAGCGUUGAAAAGUGUAGAAAUGUUGGAAGCAACGGCUUCAGAAGACGAGGAAGAUCAAGAAAACCAUGGAGACGCAGAAACAUGUUUGAUAACACCAAUUAAGGAAGCAGCAGCAUCAAGUUCUAGAGAUGUGGCUGAAUCUGUUGCAAGUGAGUUCUUAGACAUGCUAGGUAUUGAACACAGCCCAUUUGGUCUAAGUUCUGAGAGUGAACCUGAGUCCCCAAGGGAGCGCCUGUUAAGAGAGUUUGAAAUGGAAACUCUAGCGGCUGGUUCUUUAUUUGAUUUUAGUAUUGAAGCUGAUGAUCCCCAAAUGGAAUGUGAUGAAAACUUUUCGCAAGAGUAUGAAUCAGAUAAUGAAGAAGGUUUUGAUCUGGCAUCCCUUGUUCAUGAUAUUGAAGAAGAAUACCAGUUGGAAGCUCAAGCAAGAGUUAGCAACCCCAGGGCCAAAAUGUUGGAAGGCUUGGAAACGGAAUCUCUGAUGCGUGAAUGGGGUAUGAAUGAAAACACAUUUCAGAACUCUCCGCCUCACAAUGGUCAUAAUGCUUUUCAUCCAGCUGAUUUUCCAGCGAAGGAGCCAAUUAAUUUGCCUCCUCUUGGAGAUGGCCUGGGUCCAGUUGUGCAGACAAAGAAUGGAGGGUUCUUGCGGUCAAUGAAUCCCUUACUGUUCAGGAACUCUAAAGCUGGAGGUAGCUUGAUCAUGCAAGUGUCAACACCAGUGGUGGUGCCUGCUGAGAUGGGCUCUGAUAUCAUGGAGAUACUUCAGAAUCUAGCUACUGCUGGAAUUGAGAAGCUCUCGAUGCAGGCAAAUAAAGUAAUGCCUUUGGACGAUAUAACAGGGAAAACCAUGGAAGAGGUGUUGUGGGAAACUUCACCUGCAAUUGUCGGCGGGGACAGGGAUCAUAGAUCAGAGCAUGAAUUUGAUGAUACAGAUGGUUUUGUGAGGGGAGCUGAAGGACGAGCAUCAUUUGCAGCUAAGCCAAAAAUGUUUGGUUCAAGCUCUGGCAACAAUAACUUGGACUCAGAAUAUGUAUCGCUUGAAGAUCUUGCUCCUUUGGCUAUGGAUCAGAUUGAAGCACUUUCUUUGGAAGGAUUGAGAAUACAAUCAGGAAUGUCAGAUGAGGAUGCACCCUCAGACAUCACUGCACAGUCUAUUGGAGAUAUCUCAGCCUUCCAGGGGAAAAGUGGGUGUAUUGGUCUAGAAGGAGCCGCUGGGCUACAACUUCUGGACAUAAAAGAUGAUGGGGACGACGAUGAUGACGGUUUAAUGGGUCUCUCCUUGACGCUUGAUGAGUGGAUGAAGUUGGAUUCAGGGGACAUUGGUGAUGAAGACGAAAUAAAUGAGCGGACUUCAAAAAUUCUGGCUGCUCACCAUGCAAACCCACUAAACUUUAUCCGUAAAGGAUCAAAAGGGGAGAAAAGAAAGGGUAAAAAAGGAAGGAAAUGUGGUUUACUGGGGAAUAACUUCACCGUAGCACUAAUGGUGCAACUCCGAGACCCGUUAAGGAACUAUGAGCCGGUAGGAGCUCCUAUGCUUUCUCUUAUCCAAGUUGAGAGAUUGUUUGUCCCUCCAAAGCCCAUAAUCUACAGGACAGUUUCAGAGCUAAGGAAAACCAAUGAAGAGGGGGAGGAAGCCGAGGCGAGUGAUGCAGUCAAAGAAGAGAAACCCACAGAGGAACAAGGAAUCCCUCAGUACAAAAUCUCAGAGGUACAUCUUACCGGUAUGAAGAGCGAGACGGAUAAGAAGCCAUGGGGAAUCACAACUCAGAAGCAGCAGGUGCAGUCUGGUUCGAGAUGGUUGAUGGCUAACGGAAUGGGGAAAGGGAACAAUAAACUUCCUCUUAUCAAACCAAAGUCGGCUUCUACAAAACCUGGGGAUAAGUUGUGGAGUGUCUCUGGUUCUGGGUCUAAAUGGAAAGAGCUUGGGAAAAUGGGAAAGUUUAACACACCAAUGCGAAUUUGA